AUGAAGAAGCAAGAAGACAUGAAACACAGUAACCUAGAAAUCCCUGUAAAAAGAAAGGACAUCAGCAGCAGCAGCAACAACAACAACAUCAGCAGCAGCCAGCCUGAUCCUGAAGGGUUUCAUCAGAUUUCUAGAAUGAGGCAUGACACUGAUCUUGAUCUUGAUCUUUCUUUAGGACCCAGAAGAAUCUCUCCUGCCCCUGCAACCACCCUUCUUCGCUCGCAUACCAUUUUGCCUGCAACUUCUCACACGGGGUUUACUCAUGAGCCUACAUUUCAUGCUGGCGCUGCUGUUAUUGCUCCUUCUUUGCAGAGCCAAGAGGGUCACGCUGCUGGUCCCUCUCGCGCUCCACGUUCUCGUCGUAACCCUAGCAAUACUCCACGAAAUGGCAAGAGUGAAACUAUUUCUCCGCCUUUCCCUUGGGCUACUAAUCGUCGAGCCAUGGUGCAUAGUCUUGAUAUCUUGCUUUCAAGAAAUAUAGAAAUCAUUACCGGUGCCGUUCAAUGCAAAAAAUGUGAGAAGCAAUAUGAAAUGGAGUUUAAUCUGAAGAAGUUUGAUGCAAUAGGGAAAUAUAUCGCUGAAAACAAGAGUUCCAUGCAUGAUAGGGCUCCAAACAAGUGGAUGAAUCCCAUCUUACCUACGUGCAAAUAUUGCAAGCAAGAAAAUAGUGUAAAGCCUCUCAUUUCUGAGAAGAAGAAAUCGAUUAAUUGGUUGUUCUUGCUACUGGGUGAGAUGCUGGGUUGCUGUACUCUUGAGCAGUUGAAGUAUUUCUGCAAGCACACCAAGAAUCACAGAACUGGGGCUAAGGAUCGCGUUCUUUAUCUUACAUAUCUUGGAUUCUGUAAACAGCUUGAUCCCAAUGGUCCUUUUGAUCGCUGAAAUUAACAGGAGAGCAUCUGGGUAUUAUGUUGAUGUAAAUGGUAAUUGCAGGAGUAGUAGUAGUAUGCAUGGGGUAGUGUUCAGUGGAUUCAUAUAAGGAUUUCUUUUGAUCUUUUUGUAGCUUUUAACGGUUGAGCUAGAUUGCCAUCUUGAAAUUCUAUCAUCUGAGGGAUCAUAUGCCUUUAAAUUCUCAUCUAAAUCUAACUAUUUGAAUUACUUUCCAUUCUAAUUAUUCAAUAU